ACAUCGCAGGAAGUCGCGAGAGGGUAGAGGUGAAAAUGAUUCUGCAUUCCUUGGCUUGUAAUGCACCUAGGAUUGCCGACGAGGAACGAUCUUGGGGAAGGGCCGGAAGAGGUUUCCUAGGACGCAAGAAACCAAGGGGAAUGGAGGUUGCACUGUCCUUCGCGACGAUCCUCUACACCGAUCUCAGGUCCAGCAGCGUGGAGAUGUUUAACACCGUUACCAAGGGGAUCAUCAAGGUGAUCAUGAUCUUCGCGACUCUGAUCAUCAUACCCAUCACGAGGAUUCGAGCUCGCAAGAGUCGACAACCUUGUCCACCAAUCGGGAACGACCUCCUGAUGCUCCCGGCCAGCGAAGUGUCCCGAAGGAUACGGAGGAAAAAAGUGACCAGCGAAGAGGUCGUCAGGGCAUACAUCACCAGGUGCAAGGAGGUGAACCCCGCGAUCAACGCCGUGGUGGAGGCGAGGUACGAGGCCGCUCUUCGGGAAGCUCGCCAGGUCGACGACUCGGUCCGCUCCGGAGGACGCACCGAGGAGGAGAUCGCAAAGGACACGCCUUUGCUCGGUAUCCCUGUCACGGUGAAGGAGAGUAUAGCGGUACGAGGCAUGAGUCACUCCGUGGGGUGGAAAAGGGAGCAGCCGAUCACGGCCCAGGAGGACGCCGACGUCGUCAAGAGGGUGCGCAAGGCAGGCGCCAUCCCCAUCCUGGUCAGCAACACUCCGGAGAUGUGCAUGUACUGGGAGACCUACAACAAGGUGACCGGCAUGACCUGGAACCCCUACGACACGAAGAGAUCGGCCGGCGGAUCUUCGGGGGGAGAGGCCGCCUUGCUGGGCUCCGGGGCGUCGCUUUUGAGCCUGUCGUCGGAUAUCGGAGGAUCGGCCAGACUUCCGGCAAUGUUCUGCGGAGUUUUCGGCCAUAAACCGUCCCCAGGCUGGAUUUCCACCGAGGGCCACUUGCCGAAUUGCGAUGACGAGAACUGGACCACCUUCUUCAGCAUCGGUCCGAUGGUCAGAUACGCCGAGGAUCUGCCCGUUCUUCUGAAGACUAUGUGCCGAUCGGAGUCGAUCGCCAGCAAACUCGACCGGAAGGUCUUCGUUAAGGAUAUAAAAUUCUUCUACAUGGAGGAUGACUGUGGAUCGGUGAUGACGAACACCGUGGACCCGGAAAUCAAGACGGGCAUACAUCGGCUGGUUCGACACCUUGAGAAAACCCACGGGACCAAAGUACAGAAGGUGGAGAUGAGAGAUAUGAGAUUCGCCUUCGAGGUCGCGACAGCUAUUCUCCUUGGGAUCAACGGUGCGGACACGAUUUUCACGAGAGGGAACGAUCGUCGAGAGUGGAAGAGCGUUUCCGUGGAGGCCUUGAAAUUCCUUUUCGGCAAGUCCUGUCACACGUUCCCCAACAUUGUGUACGGGAUUCUGAAAAAAUUCGCAGACAUGAGUCCGCGAAGCCACUACGAGAACAUGGUGGAGAAGAACAAAAUGCUGAAGAAACAGUUCGAGGAGCUCCUCGGGGACAACGGAGUCCUGAUAUAUCCCACCUUCGUCUCCGCUGCAAGUUACCCUUUCGAGUUCUUGUGCAAGAUCUGCAGCGUCUCCUACAUGAUGAUUUUCAAUUCUCUCGGACUUCCCGUUACGCAGUGUCCUAUAGGACUGAACAGGAACGGGCUUCCUAUCGGACUGCAGGUGGUCGCAAAUGCAGGUUGCGACGUUCUUUCGAUCACCGUGGCCCAGGAAAUCGAGAGAGCUUUCGGUGGCUGGGUCCCACCGCCUCCCAAAAACAGGAUCGUUUGACCUCGUUCAAGUGGCUCAGCUUCCCGUGGAAUUUAAAAAAGUCCGCGUCCAAGCUAAUGAAAAGAAUCGCGAACCAUCUCGAAGAUUGCCAUCUCUCGAGAUGACCGGUAAAUGCGUCCUCGUCUGUCAGAAGUCUGCACGCAAUUGGCAGGAGUCAGCGACCGAGCGGAGUGGGAUCGUUGAACGUAAGACGGAUUCGUCUCUUACGACUAUCUUCCGCUCUACCCAUAGAAAAUCAUUUUCCUCGGUAAUGAAAUUAAGAGAGGAAAAAUCUAAGCGAUUUCGGAGCAUCGAUGGCUCCGACUGGUUCGAAAUGUACAGUUCGAAUGGAUUAAGGAAGUGCUUUGUUAUAUUUAUCAUCGUUAUUUAUGUACCGAAAUUUUUACUGACGCUACAAUAAUGAAGCUACGUUUUAACUAGGAGUUUAAUUAAAACUCGCAGUCUACAGAAA